UCCCUCUCCCGAGUCGUCCCCUUCCUCGUCUCCGGCUCCUCCCCCUAUCCAAUCCCCCCCUCUCGCCAUCCACGCCGCCCUCCUCCUCCUCCCGCCGCCGCCGGAGAUGCAGGCGACGGCCGCGCUCUUCCUCGUCCGCCCGCUCCCGCGUCCCCACUACCGGUGCUUGCAUGGGUUGCGGGGAGGCGUCUCGCUGGCCCCGCCGCGGCGGCGGCUGGUGGCGCGGGGCCCGCGGUGCUCCAUGAGCCUCUCCAUCGGCGGCGGCGCGGGCGCGGGCGCCGGCGGGGACCGCGGGUUCAGCUACGAGCACGUUCCAGUGUUUCCAAGAUACCGGAUUCGUGAUCCCUACAAGCUUCUUGGUGUUGAUCGUGAUGCAGCUGAAGAAGAGAUCAGGAGUGCUAGAAAUUUCCUUAUUCAACAGUAUGCUGGGCAUGAACCAAGUGAAGAAGCUAUUGAAGGUGCAUACGAGAAGAUAAUAAUGAAGAGCUACCAGCAGCGGAAAAAGACUAAGAUUAAUCUGAAAACUAAGCUAAAAAAGCGAGUUGAGGAAUCCCCGUCAUGGGUAAAGGCACUGCUUGGAUAUUUUGAGGUGCCACAAAUGGAUAUCAUUUCAAGAAGAUUGUUCUUUUUCGCUUUCAUUGCUGGUUGGAGCAUAGCGACUUCUGCUGAGAAUGGACCUGCAUUCCAGCUUGCAAUAUCUCUCUUCUCGUGCAUAUAUUUCCUUAAUGAUAAGAUGAAGAACCUCAUGAGGGCAUCAACAACUGGGUUUGGAGUGCUUGUUGGUGGCUGGAUAAUUGGCUCUCUAUUGGUCCCACUUAUCCCAACAUUCAUCAUCCCACCCUCUUGGUCCCUUGAGCUACUUACAUCAUUAGUUGCAUAUGUCUUCCUGUUCCUGGGUUGCACUUUCCUCAAAUGAAAACCUUGUAAAUCUUGUAACCGUAAAUUGUAGAAUUGCUUGCAGAAAUUUUGCAACUACUGACAUCUCCACUAUGGGUCUCGGAAAAGUUUUGUAGAAUGACAUCACUUUGAGGUUCUCCUCUUCUUCCAUAUGGUCAAGCCUCAGAAUUUUCUGUUCAGCACUUCUCUGAAACAAGAAAAUCAAUCUGUCCACAACUUCAGGUCAUUUUACUCUAUCGUUUAGCCUUUUUUCUUUUUGGAACACAUUAAUCUAAUAUAACCCGAUUGAUUAUUGUGGAGAUUGAA